UGUUAUGCUUUCAGAGCCCUGCGAUUUCUCUUCAGUAUGGAAAGAAAUCGACAUAUCUUUAAAAGACUUUUCCCUACUGACUUGUUUGAAAUCUUCAUUGAUGUUGGACAUUAUGUGCGUGAUAUCAGUGCUUAUGAAGAGUUGGUAUCAAAGCUAAAUUUAUUAAAGGAAGAUGAAUUGAAGCAAAUUGCUGAAAGUAUUGAGAGCAUGAAUCAGAAUAAGGCACCUACGAAACAUAUAGGCAAUUAUGCAAUUUUAGAGCACCUUGGCCGUGGAGCUUUUGGAAGCGUAUAUAAGGUUAGGAAACAUAAUGGACAAAAUCUCUUGGCAAUGAAAGAAGUCAAUUUACACAAUCCAGCAUUUGGAAAGGACAAAAAAACCAGAGACAGCAGUGUAAAGAACAUUGUCUCCGAAUUAACCAUCAUCAAAGAGCAGCUUUAUCACCCAAAUGUUGUACGGUAUUACAGAACCUUCUUGGAAAAUGACAGGUUGUACAUAGUCAUGGAGCUCAUAGAGGGAGUGCCAUUGGGAGAAUACUUUCACUCUUUGAAGGAAAAGCAACAACACUUUACAGAAGAAAGAAUAUGGCAUAUAUUUAUCCAACUUUGUCUAGCUCUUCGUUACUUGCAUAAAGAGAAGAGGAUUGUUCAUCGAGAUCUCACUCCAAACAAUGUCAUGCUGGGGGAUAAAGACAAAGUUACAAUUACUGACUUUGGGCUUGCAAAGCAAAAGCAAGAAAAUGGCAAACUCGCAUCAGUAGUGGGAACAAUUCUGUACUCGUG